CUAUUCAUAUCUUGAUUUUCAAACUUGUCAUGGUCUUAUUUUAAUGACCUGAAAUGUUAAACUAGCAGAGGUUGAUGUGAGUACAAGUGCACCUGCCAUCAGUGAAUCUUGUUCUACAUCGAACUUAUGCAGACGUUUCUCGUUCGAAGAUAUCAAAACCAUCAUCGGCAACUUGAACGAAAAUUCCAUCAUCGGCAACGGAAGAUUCUUCAAAGUGUACAAAGGGUUUGAGGGCAACGCCACCACCAUGGCCAUCAAAAGGCUGAAAUUGUCGUCAGGCCUAGGUGACCGCGAGUUCCUGGAUAAAAUUGACAUGGCGUCAAAUCUAAGGCACCUCCACUUGGUAUCACCGAUCGGCUAUUGCAACGAGGGCGGUGAGAUGAUAUUAGUCUACGAAUACAUGGCGCGUGGUAGCUUAUUAGACUGUCUCCACAACGAGAAUAAUAAUAAACGAUUGAAGUGGAAGCAACGCUUCCAGAUUUGCAUAGGCGCCGCCAGGGGAUUGCAAUACCUCAACACCUGUAAUGAGUACCACAACAUGCAUCGCAUGGUAAACGCCAGAAACAUCCUACUGGAUAACGAUUGGGUGGCCAAGGUCUCCGUCGCGCCAGGUUAUGUCUGGCAAAAAUCGAGCGUGGAAAAGUAUGACGUGUACUCCUUCGGAUUGGUAUUGUUCCAAGUGUUAUUCACCAAGCCAGAGGAGUCGCCAAAUUAUAAAAAAUGGGUUAAGUCUUGUCGUACAGGGACACUUAAAAAACAUAUAAGUCAUGAUCUGUACAUUCAAAUUGCCUCUGAAUGUUUGAGUAAAUUCGUUGAGACAGCCCUUGCAUGCGAAAAUGGAAAGGACAGUGAAAAGCCGACAAUGAGUGAAGUCGUUCGGGGACUCGAGUCAGCGAUGCAGCUGCAAGAAUAGAGAGGUCGCACCAGGUAAAUCUCCAAUCACAUAAGCAAUCUUGAGCUCAAAAUUCACAUAAGACCUACUGCCAUAAGGAAAAACAUUCUACUUAUAUCAUAUUUUAAACUUCGCUUAAUUUCAUCAACAUUAAAUGAAAUUCUAUUGAAUUAACAAUAGACUAGUAUUUCACUUGCC